AUGACUGGGGUUGCAGUGUGCAGUGGCUCCGUCAGCUCUAUCAAGUCCCUUUGGGAGACUAGAAUUAAGAAAACGAAACAAGAUCUGCAGAAGCAACAAGAACAAAGGGCCGGUGUAGGUAGGGUGAGACAUAACUGGGAAGAUCGGAUUAUAUUGGCCAAGCUGAAAGAGAAGGUGGUGACAGAGGAAGGACGUGUCAUUUUAAGGAUAGAGAAAGAAGAAUGGAAGACUUUGCCUCGAGCCUUGGUUCACUUUCCUCAACUCAUGGAGUGGCAGCUUCACAGGGUUGGACUACAGACAAUCCCCCGCUUCAUUUCCAGCUUUGAGAAUCUGCUUGUUCUUGACCUGUCCCGAAAUGCCAUCACAGAGAUCCCGAAAGAGAUUGGUAAACUGACCAGGCUAAGGGAGUUGCUGGUGAGCUACAAUAGAGUGCAAAGUAUUCCAGAAGAACUGGGCUGUUGUGAGAACCUGGAGAAACUGGAGCUGGCAAUGAACAGGGACCUUGACGAGCUGCCUUCAGAGAUUAGCAACCUGAAGAAGCUUUGCCACUUGGAUCUCUCCAUGAACCAGUUCACAGAGAUCCCAGAGUGUGUGGUGAGUCUGCCUGCCCUGGAAUGGUUGGAUAUGGGUGGAAAUCGGCUGCAGAGCUUACCACAUGACAUCCACAGAAUGGAGAAGCUGCAUACUAUGUGGCUGCAGAGGAACGAACUGGAGUUCCUGCCUGACAACAUCUGUUACAUGCGAAGCCUGGACACACUGGUGCUUAGCAACAAUAAGCUACAUGACAUUCCCUCAAUGAUGGAGGACAUGAACAACCUCAGGUUUGUGAAUUUCAGAGACAACCCUCUAACAUAUGAAGUGGAGCUACCUGCUGCCCUGAAGAAAUCUGAGGAUGAGGAAGAGGAUGACAGAGAGAUGUUUGGCCGAGAUUUCAUGCGUGUCUACUGCCAGGAGGCACGGAAAAGAGUUAACUCAAACUACACCUCAGAACUAAAUGUGACCCUUGAAGCUGUGGCAGAAUCUGCACCGUCACUGUGA